GCGAGGCAGGUCGGAAGCGGUGCGAACAUGGCCGAGCGAGUCCAGCAGCCUCCAGCCAAACGGCUCUGCUGCCGGCCCGGCUACAACCCGGCGUGUAGGCAGGGGCAGCGGGCUGGAGGAGCUCUGUGCGGCGGCGGUUCGGGCUCCGUCGCGGGGCAGAGCGGAAAGACCCACAACCCGGAGUCGCUGCUCGAUAUCGCGGCGCGCCGAGUGGCCGAGAAGUGGCCCUUCCAGCGGGUGGAAGAGCGCUUCGAGCGGAUCCCGGAGCCCGUCCAGCGCCGGAUCGUAUACUGGUCGUUCCCGCGGAGCGAGAAGGAGAUCUGCAUGUACUCGUCGUUCAACGCCGGGGCCGAGGAGAGUGGAACUAGCGGGGACAAUAACGACGAGACCCAGCUGCCUUUCUUGCGAGGUGUCACUCUGCUGGAGGGCGGCUGGGUGGACAACGUACUGCAAGUCGGUUUCCACCUGAGUGGCACAGUGACGGACCCUGCCACACCCUCGUCCCCGGAACUCGUUUGCAGCGUCAGCGUCAGCUUCGAUCGUUGUAAGAUCACGGCGGUUACAUGCACUUGCGGCAACAAAGACAUCUUCUACUGCGCACACGUGGUGGCGCUGUCGCUUUAUCGGGUACGCAAGCCCGAGCAGGUCAAACUGCACCUGCCCAUCUCGGAAACCUUGUUCCAGAUGAGCCGCGACCAGCUGCAGAAGUUCGUCCAGUAUCUCAUUUCAGUCCACCACACCGAGGUGUUGCCCACCGCGCAGAAACUGGCCGACGAAAUCCUGUCGCAGAACUCCGAGAUCAACCAGGUCCACGGGGCACCAGACCCCACAGCGGGGGCCAGCGUGGAUGAUGAGAACUGCUGGCAUCUGGACGAGGAACAAGUUCAGGAGCAAGUCAAGCUCUUCCUGUCCCAGGGAGGAUACCAUGGCUCGGGCAAACAGCUCAACCUGCUCUUCAGCAAGGUGCGAGAGAUGCUGAAGAUGCGUGACUCCAACGGAGCGAGAAUGUUAACACUGAUCACAGAGCAGUUCAUGGCCGACCCUCGGUUGGCGCUGUGGAGACAGCAAGGCACCACCAUGACAGACAAGUACAGACAGCUCUGGGACGAACUGGGCGCCCUGUGGAUGUGCAUUGUACUGAACCCGCACUGCAAGGCAGAGCAGAAGUCGUCGUGGCUGCGGCAGCUACGCCGGUGGAACAGCGUGGACGUGUGCCCCUGGGAGGAUGGAAACCACGGCAACGAGCUGCCCAACCUCACCCACUCGCUGCCUCAGGGUGCCCACGGGAACCAAGAGAUGCGACCCCACAGGACUGUGUUCACACGGGCCAUCGAGGCCUGCGACCUGCAUUGGCAGGACCGUCACCUCCAGCACAUCAUCGCCAGUGACCUCUAUGCCAACUACUGUUACCACGACAACCAGGAGGGCUCCCUCUUUGAUGCACGCGGCUGGCCCUUGUGGCACGAACACGUCCCAACAGCCUGCGCCAGGGUGGAUGCUCUGCGAUCCCACGGUUACCCGCGAGAAGCACUCCGACUGGCCAUCGCCGUAGUGAACACCUUACGGCGGCAACAGCAGCGGCAACUUGAGCACUUCCGCCGGCACAAAAAAGAGUUGCUCCACAAAGGCCACACUUCCAUUACCAACAUGGAGGGCUGGGUGGGACACCCACUAGAUCCCAUCGGCACCCUCUUCAGCACCCUGACUGAGUCGGGACGGGUGGGAGAGGAGGGAUCCAAUAUCUGCUUGGACCUCUCGGACUGCUCCAGCGUGGUGACUCGGGCAGACCUCCAGCGGAUGCCCGUGCAGAGACUGCUGGGUGACGGCGAGUCGUACGUGGCGCUGGCGGUGGAGACGGCCCUGAUGGGCCUGGGCCAACAGCGUGUGAUGCCCGACGGCCUGUACGCUCAGGAGAAGGUAUGCCGCAAUGAGGAGCAGCUGCUGGCCAAGCUUCAGGAAGUUGAACUGGACGAUUCGCUGGUCAAGAUCUUCCGCAAAGAGGCCGUCUUUCUUCUUGAAGCUGGGCCGUACUCCGGCCUCGGAGAGAUCGUCCACCGAGAGAGCGUCCCCAUGCACACCUUCGCCCGCUAUCUCUUCACCUCCCUCCUACCUCAUGACGCUGAACUGGCGUACAAAAUUGCACUGAGAGCCAUGCGGUUGCCCGUGUUGGAGUCAACAGCGUCGUCCGGCGACCUGUCCCGGCCACACCACAUCGUGUCAGUGGUGCCCAACCGCUACCCGCGCUGGUUCACCCUCAGCCACAUCGAGUCUCAGCAGUGUGAGCUGGCCUCCACCAUGCUCACCGCCGCCAAAGGUGACAGUCGCAGGCUGGAGACGGUCCUGGAGUCCAUCCAGAAAAAUAUCCACUCGUCUUCUCACAUCUUCAAACUGGCGCAGGAUGCGUUCAAGAUCGCCACUCUGAUGGACAGCUUGCCCGACAUCACACUACUAAAAGUUGCCCUGGAGCUGGGACUGCAGGUGAUGAGAAUAACGCUGUCCACGUUAAACUGGAGGCGGCGGGAAAUGGUGCGCUGGUUAGUCACAUGUGCCACUGAAGUUGGCGUGUACGCGCUGGACAGCAUCAUGCAGAGCUGGUUCACUCUGUUCACACCCACCGAGGCCACCAGCAUCGUGGCCACCACGGUCAUGUCCAACAGCACCAUCGUGCGCCUGCACCUGGACUGCCACCAGCAGGAGAACCUGGCGUCGUCAGCGCGCACCCUGGCUUUGCAGUGCGCCAUGAAGGACCCCCAGAACUGCGCCCUGUCGGCUCUGACGCUCUGCGAAAAGGACCACAUUGCCUUCGAGACAGCCUACCAGAUUGUACUGGACGCCGCCGCCACGGGCAUGAGCUACACGCAGCUGUUCACCAUUGCGCGCUACAUGGAGCACCGUGGGUACCCCAUGCGCGCGUACAAGCUGGCCACGCUGGCCAUGGCUCACCUCAACCUCAGCUACAACCAGGACACGCACCCGGCCAUCAACGACGUGCUGUGGGCCUGCGCGCUCAGCCACUCGCUGGGCAAGAACGAGCUGGCCGCCGUCAUCCCGCUGGUGGUGAAGAGCGUCAAGUGCGCCACGGUGCUCUCUGACAUUUUGCGUCGGUGCACGCUGACCACGCCGGGCAUGGUGUCGGCGCUGCACAGCCGACGGAACUCGGGCAAGCUCAUGUCGUUGGACAAGGCGCCGCUUAGGCAGCUGCUGGACGCCACCAUCGGGGCCUACAUCAACACCACGCACUCGCGACUCACGCACAUCAGCCCGCGCCACUACAGCGAGUUCAUUGAGUUCCUGGGCAAGGCGCGCGAGACCUUCAUGAUGGCGCACGACGGACACAUCCAGUUCACGCAGUUCAUAGACAACCUGAAACAGAUCUACAAGGGCAAAAAGAAACUCAUGAUGCUGGUGAGGGAGCGCUUCGGCUGAGCUCCGCUACUUUUAUACCGACUCGAG